AUGAAGAGGCCCCUGAUUUUGUGCGUAGCCUUCUCAGCGUGCCUAGCGCUCGCCGCCGCGGGCUGGUCUUCCGGCACCGCCACGUUCUACGGCGGACCCGACGGCUCCGGCACCAUGGGUGGCGCGUGCGGGUACGACAACCUGUACAACGCCGGGUACGGCGUCAACAACGCGGCGCUGAGCUCAACGCUGUUCAACGACGGCGCGUCGUGCGGGCAGUGCUACCUCAUCACCUGCGACACGUCACGUCCGGGCGGUAAGUCCUGCAAGCCCGGCAACUCCAUCACGGUCUCCGCCACCAACCUGUGCCCGGCCAACUACGCGCUGCCCAACGGCGGGUGUGCCGGCGUCAUCCCGGUCCUGUACCAGCAGGUCCAGUGCUCGCGCACCGGCGGCGUGCGCUUCAGCAUCGCCGGCUCCCAAUAUUUUCUGCUCGUCAACAUCCAGAACCUCGCGGGCAGUGGUUCCGUGGGCGCCGCCUGGGUGAAGGGCGACAAGACGGGGUGGAUCCAGAUGUCCAGGAACUGGGGCGCCAACUGGCAGGCGCUCGCUGGGCUCGUCGGCCAGGGGCUCAGCUUCGCCGUUACCAGUACCGGCGGGCAGUACAUUCAGUUCUGGAAUGUGGUGCCUGCUGGGUGGUGGCAGUUCGGACAGACCUACACCACAACACAGAAUUUCUACUACUAA